AUGGCCAGAGAGAGGAGCUUCAGUCCAGCAGGGACAGAAGAAAUGAAAGAGGACUUCUUAUUCCCCAGCUUUCCACAUAAGCUUUGGAAAAUAACGGAAAGUGACCAGUUUCGGUCCAUUUGGUGGAGUGAUGGUGGAAAAUGUGUAGCCAUCAAUGAAGACCUCUUCAAAGAGGAGGUGCUGGGCAGGAGAAGACCUUUUCAGGUUUUUACCACACAGAAGAUGAAGAGUUUCCUUCGACAGCUGAACCUCUAUGGAUUCACCAAAGUACAAUGGAUUUGCCAAAGAUCCACCUCCCUGCCUGAACUGUCAGAAGCAGCAGCAGCUUCUGCUCACAGCCAGAUACUCUACUACUAUAACCCCAACUUUAACAGAGACCAUCCCCACCUGCUGGCAAAGUGCAAGAGGAGAACUGGUCUCAAACAGAGACCCCUGGAUGCACCGGCGUGCCUGAGCUGGCAGCAGUCCCGGCUCUGCCGAGGCCAAGCCCACCCCACGGCCAAAGCCCAGCAGUUCCCCACUGCCCCACCUGCAACCGAGUGCAGCACAUCCUAG